UUUCGUUGUCAUAGCAACCCGGAAGCGUCUCAACAUGGCGUCUCUACUUGGCAGCACAGUGUUUGAAAUAAAUGGUCAGGCACCGUCUCCAUCAAAAGACUUCUUCCAAUUAAUCAUAACAAAAACCGAGGUCAUAUGGAGGUUCUGGAAGGUCUCUCUGAGGAGCGAGUUUCGGGGCGCAGCACCAGGAGAGACCAAGGAAUCCCACGACGACUUCUUACAUGACGCCAGGCUGCAGCACGAGGUGGGCGUGGUGUUUGGCCAGCAUACGCUGGAGCACUGCAUGGCGCUGUGUGAGGGCCACUACAACUACCUGGAGCGGCUGCCCAACCAGCUGCUGCUGCGCAUCCUCUACUACCUCAGCUUCCAGGACAUCGGGCGACUGGCGCAGACCUCCAAGCGGUUCUGGAAGCUCUCCAACUCUCCCGAGCUGUGGGAGCAGACGGUGCGGGUGCGCUGCGAGGAGCUGACCCCGGACAUGGAGAUGUUGGCCAGCGCCAUGGGCUGGAAGAAGAUCUUCUUCACCUUCUUCCAGGACAAGCUGCCCAAGGUCUCCAAGGCAGGCCCCAUCUCCGACUCCAUGUCCUCAGCCAUCAUCCUGCCUCAGGUCACUCCCACCGCGGCUGCUACAACCUAACAGUAAAAAUGCACUGCAGAGGACUUAAUCGGAAGGUCACACUAUAAACAACCAAUCCCUUUUUUUAAAAGGGGGGAAAAAAAUUAUAAGCACUUGUGUCUUGGUCUUGAAUAAGCUAUUAUUUAUAUAUGAUUUGAAUGUUUUUAUACUGGAUAAAUUGAGAGUGAGAGUGAAUGUAUUGUAAAGGCCCACAGUUUUUUUUAAUACCGUUGAUGUAUGUUUGAAGUGCCAAUGUUAGUUUACUGUGGACACUGUGUAUUGCAGUGAAUCACUUUUGUAUCGCAUGUUGUGGGGCAUGCUCCAAGUGACAAAAUGUGUUACUGUUUGCAGUGUUUUUUUGUACUCUAUGCGGAAUAAAAACGCAUAUAAUUUUAA